GUGCAAAGCCUGUGUGGCUUGAAAAGUAUCGCUCGAAUCCGAAGGCGCGAAGGGCCUUCCAAGCGGGAUGGCCAGUGUUUGCGAAUUUGGAACAAAAUCCAUCGUCAAGACCCAUUAUCAGUCGAUACCUGCCAUGCCUGCUCCGAUCGGGGCUGCUUUGGCUCCUGAAGCCGGGCGAGGACGAGGAGCAGCUUGAUAAUGAGCGCCCGCUCACGGGGCAGGAGCACAUGCAGGCGAUGGCCAUUCCAAUGAUGGACGAGCUUGUGUGCGCCCACAGUGUCUACCCGCAUUUUCGCGGGACAGCUAGCCAGGCAGAAUUGAAGAAGCUAGCUGGCAAC